AUGAUUGAUUUUACUGUUAAUAUAGCUUGCGAUCAAAAAACAACAGAAACGAAUCAACUUUUUUUUAUCAUCAAUCAGGUCAAAAGUGCCAACUUCGAAGUCAACCGACAUACAAUGUCAGUUGAUCCGCAACUUCCAGAGCACAUGGAGCUUACAAGUACGUUCAAAGAUGUGAGACGGGUAUCCAAUGGAGAAGAAAAAAAAAAAAGUCCUUCACUUGCAGCGCAUGCCAAAAGACGUUCGCCUUUUGCGAGCAAACGCAUAACCCACGAGCGCAUCCACUCGAACGAGAGGCCCUUCCAGUGCCCCGUGUGUCCGCAAGCCUUCACCCAAGUAGGCAACCUAACGGUACACCUUCGCACCCACACCGGCAUGAUGCCCUACCGUUGCUCGGUGUGCUCGAGAGCCUUCAGCGACAAGAGCAACCUAAGGCGCCACGAGCACAGCCACACCCACCAAAGGCGUUAUCGGUGCUCCAAGUGUUCGCGCCUCUUCAAGGACAGGAGCAACCUCAAGGUACACAUGCGCAGCCACACGGGCGAGAGGCCCUACCGAUGCUCGGUGUGUUUGCGUAAUUUCAGUCAAAAGAGCCAUUUGACGGUCCACGUGCGCAUCCACACGGGCAUGAUGCCCUACCGGUGUGCCGAGUGCUCGCGGGCUUUCAGCGACAAGAGCAGUCUCACGGAAACACGAACGAUUCCACGCGCGUACAAAGUACAAAGGUGA